UGGAACUGGAAGCUCAAAUAAAAGUCAAAAAGUCCAAACAUCUGACUUCUUCGUGAAAUUGAACCAAAUCAAAUCAGGGAAAAAAAAUUAAAAAAAAAAAACUCCAAAUCGAAAUCCAAAAAGAUGGAAAAGGGAUGGGGAAAGAUGUGGGCUUUGAUGGUUUUGCUUCUUUUGAAUUGGGUGAGUAACAUUUCCUCCCUUUCGGUGACUGUAAACGAAGUCGAGUGCGUGUAUGAAUACGUGCUUUACGAAGGGGACACGGUUUCAGGCAACUUCGUCGUCGUCGACCACGAUAUUUUCUGGAGCUCUGAUCACCCCGGCAUUGAUUUCACUGUGACUUCUCCUGGGGGUAAUACAGUUCACAAUUUGAAGGGGACAUCUGGGGACAAGUUUGAAUUUAAAGCCCCACGAAGUGGAAUGUACAAAUUUUGUUUUCACAAUCCCUACUCUACACCAGAGACUGUUUCUUUCUAUAUUCAUGUUGGCCAUAUUCCCACUGAGCAUGAUCUUGCCAAAGAUGAACAUUUGGACCCAAUUAAUGUUAAAAUUGCUGAGCUGAGAGAGGCUUUGGAGUCUGUAACAGCAGAACAAAAGUACUUGAAAGCGCGUGAUGCUCGGCAUCGUCAUACAAAUGAGAGCACGAGAAAGCGUGUUAUAGGCUACACAGUUGUAGAGUACGUUCUGCUAGCUCUUGCCAGUGCACUUCAAGUCAUCUAUAUCCGCCAGCUCUUCAGCAAAUCAGUUGCUUACAACCGAGUUUGAGCCACCUGAUUGUACUUUUAGUUCUCUGUUCCAUUAACCAGAGAGUCACAGGGACAAAUCCUAUAGAUGAGUCACGAGUUCAACAAAAAUCCGAAUCGUGUAAUAGGUCACUUUGGUGUUUUAUGUUAUUCGAGUCUUGUAUUUCAAUUACAAUGUAGCUUUUUGACCCUAAAUGUUUUAGACUAACUUUUAUCAAAUUUGAGCUACCUUUUUUUUCCUUA